GUAAACCCUUCAAAACUCAAAAGGCUUAUUCUCAAGACUUCUCUCAAAACAACACCACAAUGGGUUUUCGUCUACCUGGCAUCAGAAAGGCACUAUAUGCAGCAAAUCAAGCAUCUUCAAAAGCGGUGGAUGCCCCAAAGGGCUAUCUCGCAGUCUAUGUCGGGGAGAAAAUGAAGCGAUUUGUGAUCCCAGUAUCAUACUUGAACCAACCUCUAUUCCAAGACUUGUUGAGUCAAGGUGAGGAAGAAUUUGGAUAUUACCAUCCAAUGGGUGGUCUCACAAUUCCUUGCAACGAAGAUGUCUUCCAACGCAUAACUUCUGGCUUGAAUUCAAAAUAAAU